GACGGAAUAACACGUGAUAACAGAUAUUUGAGAUAAAGAUAAAAGUUGAUAAAAGUUGUUUAUAGACGUCCAUUUAUUUAAUUUAGUUAUUAUGGUCAGAAAGAAAUGAAAUGAAACUUUUUACGUUUUUGACUGUCUUGACAUCAACAUGUUUAUGUGUAAGCUCUAUGGGUACGAGACCAGAAAUUGUUGAUGCCAUUUUACCAGAGGUGAAGCAACAAGGUCAGAUUGGGUAUCUCAACUGCUCGGUUAUAAACUUGAAUCCGUCAUCAGCGGUACUACAAUGGGUUAAACAAACAACACCAUCAGGAACACCAUUACUAAUAUCAUCCAAUGAAAAGAUCCAUGUUAAUGAUGUAGUUGAAGGUCAUCCGAAAUAUUAUGUCAGAAAAUCUGUUAUUAAUAAUAGAGAACUGUAUCAACUUGUCAUCCGGGCAUUGACUGAAAAUGAUGCCGGCUCUUAUACAUGUAUGAUCAAACUCGCCAAUCAGAACUAUUUACAAUGGCCGAAAAAGCUUGGUCUUCUAACCGUUCAGAUUGCACCAACAGUAAAAUUAGAUAGUAAAUCAAAUAUAGUUGUCCAGGAAGGAUCUAAUAUAACACUGAAAUGUGAAGCAAACGGUAUUCCUAGUCCAAAUAUAACAUGGAAACGAGGCGACGGUCUACCAUUACCAGGAGGAGGAUUUCAACAUUGGGGCGGAGUUUAUGAAAUCUACAAUAUAAAUGCAGCAACCCGAGGACAAUUUUUAUGUAUAGCUGACAAUAAUGUGAAACCACCAGCAGAUUACGCUGUCCAGAUAGAGGUUACGUUUUCACCAUAUUGUGAGGCUCAGAUGGAUACUGUAGGCCAAGUUCAGAACAGGAGAUUUAGUGCAAAAUUAGACUGCAUUGUAGCAGCAAACCCUAGAGCGGAGGUAAUUUGGUAUAAAAUGAAUCCAGCUACAGGUUCUCUCGACCAAAUUCAGGAUAAUGACAAAUAUGAUCUGAAUCAACAAGAUGACCAGAGAUUAAAAGCUGACGAGAAGUGGUAUUCACUUACUAUAAAAACUGUCCAGGGUAGUGACUUUGGAAAGUUUUAUUGUCAUGCAGAGAACCGGUUUGGUAAAGGGAACGCUUCAUUUGUACUUUUUGAAACUAUGGAAUGCCAAGGACCAAACUGUCCGUCUAUUGGCGGGAAUGGAGCACAAAAUGUACACAUUUCUGUUUUAACUUUAACACUCGCAAUCCUAGCUAGUUACUAUUUGUAUUAUUGUAAACAUGAUGUAUGAAUCUUUUGUUCUUGGUGCAAAACAAAAUGUAUCUGUUUUAUAAAUGCAUGUAAAUUUUCAUUUUUGUGAUUUUCAAUUUUUUAUAAUAACCUGUAUAUACACUUAUGAUCCAUUAUCAUUUUGUCUUGUUUGGAUCCAUUGAAAGCAUUUAAGGUGGUAUGGGUGUCUUCCUCCACCUUGGAUUGUAAAAAACAGAGAACGUAAGGUACAGAUUUUCAAUUUGAUGCAGGAAGACAGUUAGUAAAAACGAAUUUUCAUUUAAAAGAACCAAUUUAGUAGAAUAUAACUUAUAAAUAUUAAUAUUUUAACAAGUGUAGAUUAUUUUUGGUUGUUUUAAAACAAAAAUAGAAUUGUCAUUUUAAGUGGAGGUAACUCUAAAACAUUCAUUUUCUGAAGGAAUCUACAUCGAAUUUUUCUAUUUUGUAUUCUAGCCAGAAAAAAACGUACUAUGGCUCUAUCUUUUCUUUUGAUAUUCUCAAAGCACUGUCUG